UGCCUUAUUCUGUGUGAAACUGCCGACGGGAGCACGCUGGGAGAGAAAAGGAGCACUCCGACUCCCAGACCCAAACAACGUUCCAGAAAGCAGCAGAUGUGACAGAAGAGGAGAGGCGGAGAGAAAGAAACAAAAUCUCCCCCUACCCCUCCUUCCUUCAUCUGGGAGAACAAUACCCUAGCCUGCAGUUGGAGAGGGUCAGCUUUUGUCCCUCUCCCCACGCUCCCGCUGAAGAGCGUGGGGGCAGACAGACGCGCUGACACAUUGACCUGCUGCUGUGAGAGGAAAGGAGAGAAGAGGAGGGUCGAACACUUGCUGCGCUCUGCAGCGUUUGAUUCAGUACUUGGACAGCUCCUGAGCAGCAACCAGCCUGACUGUGUGAAAGACUCCUUUACUGGUCUGGUUAAGAGACCUAGAGCUCCAGAUGCAGCCCCCUUGUUCUCUACAACUUGGCCCCUGUGUUCCCCCUCCAUCCUUGGGAUCACAGGUUGGCACGGCCGGCAUCCAGCAGCUGGAGGAGAAGCUGCUGUUUGAGAAGUUUUGGAAGGGGACCUUUAAAGCUGUGGCCACCCCGAGACCAGAGAGCGUCAUCGUGGCCAGCAUCACCGCCCGGAGGAGGGUGACUGACUCAGAGACGACUGCCUGCCUGCCUCUCAAGACUGAUGAGAGAAAAGUGGCGGACUCCCGGGUGGACACUGCUAACAGAAACGGCUGCAUCAAAGGAAAAGGGCGCAAACACCACAGUCAUCGCAGGGCUAGGAGCCCCUCCUCUGAUGAGGACGUCUCCCCUCAGCCCAAAGCGAAGAAGAAGAAAAGAAAGUCCCAGCGGAGGAGGAAGAGGAACAGGUCUCCUUCACACAGUCAGUCGCCCCUGAGGAAGAAGAAAAAGAAGAAGAAGAAGAGCUCCAAGAAAAGCAAACGGCAUAGGUAUACCUCAAAGAAGUCCAAACACAGCUCUUCAAGUUUAAAACAUAAGAGGAAGGAUGAGCGCAAACACAAGAAAAGUUCUCGGACUCACUCGCGGCGGAAACGCCGCCAUCGGAGGUCAGAGUCGGAGAGUUCCUUCUGCCAGUCUUCCACAGAGGACAGACACCGUCUGCAGAAAUCUGUGGUUCAUCAGACAUUAGGGCACCUGGAAGCUGUAGUCGAGGAAACUAAUGGAGUGCUCAGCCACACAGACAUGAAGUGGAGACCUGCAACCAAAUCAGUGUGUAAAACGGCUCCAAAAUAUCGCUCCAUCCUCUCAACCGCUACCAUUUUGUCAUCAAAACCUGCAGGCGAGCUCUCACAAGGAAACGGGUCCCAGGAUCUAUCGAGCCAGAUCGAAGGUCCGCAUGAUUACGAUUCUGGGAAUGACACAUCUUCGCCGCCGUCGAGCAAAACUGGAGUUUCUCAAGCGAGUGUCAGUGAGAAAAAGAGGAGCCACUGCCAGCAUCUGACCUCACUGGAGAAGCUCAAGUUCACAGACAGAGACAAUGUGUCUGAUUCAGGAAACUCUGUGACCAGCUAUGCUUCCCUGUGCAGACCCUACGGGGAGGACAGCUUGUCUGCAGCCCUCUUCAGCACAAAGAGGGAGCAGAUAACCUUAGGGUGUCGGGUACAAGUAGUUCGAUCUCCCAAGACCUCAGGCUGUUCACAGAGGAUGAGCAAAGCGUCUCGAAGGAGACUGAAAACCCGGUCAUCCAGCAGAAGGAGCCGGAGCAGAAGCAGAUCCUCGGGGAGUUCCAGGAACUCUGGACGCUACUCUCGAAGUCUGUCACUGUCAUCCUGCAGCUCAUACUCCCGCUCCCCGAGUUAUUCAGCUGAUCCGAGGCGACGAGGUAGCGUGGCCAGCCUGAGCUCCAGAGGAAGCUACUGCAGAUACACUCCUGACAGACUACGAGACAGAAAGAGAACACCGAGCUCCAGAGAGACAGAUGUUAAGCAUUCACACAAGGUUAGUGGGAAGAGACGAAGACGCAAAUCCUACUCCCCCAUGAAGAAGAGGAGGAGAGACUCACCAAGCCAUCUGGAAGCUCGCCGAAUCACAAGUGCCAGGAAGCGGCCCAUCCCGUACUUCCGACCCAGCCCAUCCUCCAGCAGUCGUUCUACCAGCGUUUCAUCCUGGAGCAGCCUCUUCACCCGCAGCCGCAGUCGCAGCCCAAUCCACAGCCUGAGCCGGAGCCGGAGCAGAAGUCACAGUUACUCCUCAUACAGGAGCUACAGCCGCAGCUCCUCCUGGAACUCAAUCUUUGGGACCCGCAGUCGCAGCAGGAGCCGUGGUUCGUUGAACAAACGCAACAAAAACAGGCAUUAGUGUUUCUCAGAGAACAUUAAGGGACCGAAGCGCCAGCCGUGCUUCCAGUUGGGAGCGGGGAUGGCACUGGAUGUCAGAGCAAUCGACUGUGAGCGUCCGCUUUGACGCUUGAGUGGAAAUGUCCCAGCAGGGGUUCAAGCACGGCUUCUAUUGAUGCAGUCUUGUUCACUCGGCCCGUAGAGACUGCUGGAGACCGAAUGUCUUUUUGUUUGUUUUGUUCUUGUGCUGCAUCCUCCUCUUGCACCAGAACUCACGAUGGCCUGGGACUGUUCAUCUGUUAUAUAUUUACUGAAGAAGCCACACAUCAGACAGAAACAGUGCUUCUGUAUUUGGUUAACUUACAUAGCUGUUGUUUUUUUAUUUCCAUUAACUUCU